UGUGAGACCCGUGCUUUGGAAUCCAGGGGCUAGCCGUUGGCAUUCCGUCCGAUCGCCUCGACCCAAAGAUCGUCACCGAGCACUGCAAUCCUGGAACACCGGUCGCAGCAGCUCUUCCCCGCAUUGAUCGAAGCGAGAAACAACACACGACGCGUAGGCAGAUCCGAAAACCCACUGAGGGUAGGGCCUUCUACUGCUACGCACGACAAUAACCACAACAGGCUUUCUGGGUGCACCAUGCCAAGAUGAUGAUUUUCGAAAGCUCGGUUCACGAUGCCGUCUUGCCUGGGCCUGGCUCGCCUCCAGCCAUGACGGCCUCGAAAUCCUCCAAAUCUUCUUCGCUCAGUUCGCUUCCCUCUGAUGACGGCAGUGUGCUCACCGACGUCAAUCACUUCGAGGACAUCGGACUAGACGAUCAGGUCGACCCUCGAAGCCUGUCAGAGCGACACCUGAAGACCGCCGCAAACCCCUACAGCCCAUCUUUUCCCUCCGACCUGCGAUCCGUGACGAAGCGACCCGCGCCGGCCUCGACCCCGCAACUGCAGUAUUCGCGUGAACCGUCGAGGACCCGCCAGAAGCGCGAUGUCACGCCCGCCCUCAAGUCGCGACCGAACCUGCCAGUGCUGCAGACCCAAAUUCGGACCACAAACGGGCGCGUUGCCAGCUUGGGGCUCGUCCCCGACCCGCGUCCUCUUCCCUUUCGGACCCUCGGCCGCCAGCCUUCGCAGACGUCAUUGAGCCACCGUCGCAGUCCCAGUCCCGGUUUAUCGCUUUCUCCAAGAGAUCCCAACAUGAUGGUGAAGCCGCGGAGGAGUAGUUGGCAGUCAAACAGGGAGCGGAAGACGGCACUGGAGCUGGAACUGGAAUGCGACGAGGACGAUGGAGACGAAAUUCCCGACGGCCUGGUUUUGGACAAUGUGCCCAUUUCCCCAAGGCCACCAUCGGAACGCUCCCACAGCCGGCCCCCAUCCAAAGCGCCGUCUCCAGAACGUCCGCCAAAGGAGAGGGUACGCAGUAUUGGGAACGGUACGCCGCCGGUUGCUGUUGCCCAAGGAUCACUUCGGUCGCCAUGCUGGAAGUCGGAUACGGCACUGAGUUCAGCCUCUUCGAGCCGCGUAUCCAGCCCAGUCACCUCGAGGGCCAAGAGUUGGUCUGCUGCACUGGCAGAAUUGAACGCCGAGGCUAAGGCGCUCACCGAAAAGCUGGAGGAACAUGCCGAGCAGAUGGAACACAAGAUGCAGCAGAGGUCCAGCACCGGCUCCAUGCCGAAUGCGAGGAGAUCGUCAGACCCGGAAGCUAAACCCAGGGUGAAGUCGGCCAUGGCAGAGCUGCCUCCGCUGCGCCGGCCGAAUAUCAUGAUCGAUCCCUUGCCCAUAUCCAAGGAGAAGGAAGCUGUCCUCUCGCGCACCCGCCCUUCAUGGCUGCCGCCCAAGGACCCCGCUGAGGAGCGCCGCCACCUGAAAGAGUAUCAGAAGAUGAUGGCACAAAGCCUAGAAGCCGACCGUCGGCGCCAGGCUGCCAAACGCGCGCGCUCCGAGUGCCGUGAUGUUGCGGCCGACAGCAUCAUGCAGAUUUGGGACCACGACAUUCUCCCUCGCUGGAACGAUGCCAUCCGCGAACGCAGGACCAGGGACCUCUGGUGGCGCGGAAUAGCCCCGCGCAGCCGAGGCGCUGUCUGGACACGCGCCAUCGGGAACGAGUUGGGCCUUACCAAGACAUCGUUCGACGCAGCGCUGACCCGGGCAGGCGAGGCCGAGACCAGGGCAAAGUCUGGACACGGCAGCGCCGAGGACAUGCGCGCGGCCGCGUGGUUCCACGCCAUCAGCAAGGACGUCCGGGAGCGCACGUGGCCGGAGCUGCGCAUCUUCCAGCCGGGCGCGCCGCUCCACCAGAGCCUGGUUGACGUCCUGCGUGCGUAUGCCAUGUACAGGAGCGACAUCGGCUACGUGCCGGGCUGCAAUACCAUCGCCGCCCUCCUGCUCCUCAACCUCCCAACCCCAACAGACGCCUUUAUCGCCCUCGCCAACGUGCUCAACCGGCCGCUCCCGCUCAGCUUCUACGCCUCGGACGCCGGCGCAAAGAACUCGGCCUACAACCUCGUCCUGCACACACUCGCACAGAAAGCCCCCGCUCUACACGACCACCUUACUAAGCUCGCCGACCACGACCCGGACGCCUACCUCGAGCCUGUCUUUGCAGGGCUUUUCACUCGCCACCUCGCUCUUGACGAGGCUGCUCGGCUCUGGGAUGUCUAUGUCUUUGAGGGUGACGCACUGCUCGUGCGCGCCGGUGUGGCACUGCUAUUGCAAAGGGAGGUGGCGCUGCUAGGGGUUGCGUCGGUGGCUGAGGUCCGGGCUGUCCUGCUCUCGGGCGGCGGGGCCGGGUCAGCAGGCUCCCUGGGGGAAAUUAAAAGUCCGAGGGUUGUAGGUGGGCAGGGGGAGGAGGAGCGGUGGAUGAAGGCUGUUAGGGAGGCGGGGAAGGCGUGAAGUACCUCGAGUGGCUCUUCGGCCCCUGCCGUCUUGAUCCUUGACCGAUGAUGAGACAGCGGUCCGGUGGUACUGUGCAGGACGACGGUACGUUACGACAUUCGACUUGGGGCUGCUAUUCGCCGCUGGGACAAACGGACCCGCCUCCCCCCAACGAUGACGUACU